AUGAGGGCUACGAUUUCCUCCUUUCUGGCCGUGCUGGUUGCGGUGGACGGCGUCAGUUUGGCAGCCGCACAGACCAAGUACACCUGCCCAGAAGAUAAGGGGCAGACAAUCAUCAAGUACGUCGUGUCAUGGACUCUCCCCAGCCAUGAUAUCUUGGACGGAAUUUCCUAUUCGCGUCGGAGCGGCAAAAAGUAUGUGUUGAAGUGUGACGAGGGCAUCCGAGGGAUGCCUAUAGAGCCUGAGAAGGACUGCGGCAGUGUGGCAGAAUGUGCCGAGCGGUGCGCGGCAAACACAAACUGCCUGCACAGCACCUUUAUUGGGAAGACGGGAAAAUGCGCCCUGAAGAAGACGGGUGAUGUUUUCCCUCUCGCGGGCCUCUCAACCUGGUUCUUUGUUGAGAACGUCCAAGAGCAGCCUCCCACCGAUCAGCAUCCUCCCACCGAUCAGCAUCCUCCCACAGAUCAGCAGCCCCCCACCGAUCAGCAGCCUCCCACGCAGGAACAGCCAGGGGACGGCUCGCAGAAACCCCUGAAUCCCCCUGUCGGCGGCGGCGUUCACCCAGGCAAUCAGGCUUCAUACACCUGCCCGGGAGACGAGAAGAAGGCAUACACGACGAAUGGUAUCCGGUACGAGCUGAGGUGCAGCACGGGACACAGUGUGACGCACUGGAAAACUGAGCCUGCUCCGACAUUGGAGGACUGCGCAGACCUCUGCUCCAAGGAGCCCGAGUGCUACAGCUGUGACUGGGACCGGACUUCAAAGAUCUGCGCCCUCAAGAAGCUGCCGUCCCAGUUGAUCCCGUGGUCUGCGGGAGAGGCCUGGUAUCCCGCCCCGUGUCCGCAGGUCCGCGAGACACAGGCCAAGCAGAAGCCAGUUGUAACCACGAGCCUCCAGUGCCCGGAUCAUAACGGCAAGAUCUGGGAGGGCUCCGACGGCACCUGGUUCUACCUGCAGUGCUGCACCGACACGGGCGUCGCGACCGUCGUCGAGCAAGGGUCGGCGUCGAGCCAUAAAGACUGCUUGGAGAAGUGCGUGGCCAACAAGCAGUGCAAGAGCGUGUCGUUUGACAGCACCGCGGCGACGGACAACUGCAGAAUGUACGGCAACGGCAAGUUCUCGACGACGGCUGCCGAGAAAGUCCACCAUGCCUUUGUCACGUAUCCUCCGACGAAGGCGGCCGAGUUGACCAAGUCCAAGCGGUGCUCGACCGAGUGUCCGUUUGCCAACGGCCAGCUGUUUGUUGCUGCGACGGGAGAGAACUUCCUCAUGGCGUGCAACAAGCGCCACGGCACGACGGUCCUCAGCGUCGACCGGCGCGAGACGUUCGAGGCGUGCAUGACGGCCUGCGGCGCCAUGCCCGAGUGCCACAGCGUCGAGUUCGAGGCCCGGACCAAGCGCUGCUUCUACGGCGCCCACGGCAACCAGCCGUCCAUCGCGGCCGACGCCUUCGUCAGCGCGCACUCGCUGGGCUGCGCGGGCGCCUGUGCCGCCUGCAAGAAGGGCUGCGACCAGCUGGACAAGAACGCGCUGCCGGCCGACGCGGCCGGCUGCGAGCACGACCACGGGCAGCUGCUGGUGGCGGGCGGCGAGCAGAUGCGUCUGCGCUGCAGCCACUGCUGGCACAGCGCCAAGGAGACCAUCAAGAACAUGCCCAGCGUCAAGAGCCUGGCCGAGUGCGCCAGGCUCUGCGGCGAGGACGAGUACUGCCACGGCGGCAACUGGAUGGGCCCCGGCGGCUGCAACCUGCAUCCCCGGGUCGACAAGAGCGGCAAUGCGCCGACGCUCAAGCACAACGCCGAAUGUGAUAGCCUCACGCCUCUGUCCAGGUCGCUGGCCGACUAUAAGGAGGAGAACAUCCAGGACUCGGGCAACCGGGAGAGGAAGUGGUGA